AAGCAAAAGCAACAAAAGAAAGAUCAGAUCUCAAGAUCAAAUAACUCAAAGAUCAAUAACGAAUUAGAGCAGGUCUCAUCAGCAAGAAGAUCUAUAUUCGCAGCUUUCAUUCAUUUUGCGUUUUCAUUUUUUGGGAUUCACCCUAGUACGAGCAUAAUAUUGGUUAUCUGAGAUAGCUAUUAUUCAAUCAUGGCCGCUGAAUCCAAUUACGACUAUCUAUUCAAGGUCGUCUUGAUCGGUGACUCAGGCACAGGUAAGAGUAACCUUUUGUCUCGAUUUACGCGCAACGAAUUCAGCUUAGAAAGCAAGAGUACGAUCGGUGUUGAAUUUGCAACGAGAAGUAUCGCAGUUGACGGAAAGACUGUUAAAGCACAAAUUUGGGAUACUGCCGGUCAAGAACGUUAUCGUGCAAUCACUUCAGCUUAUUAUCGUGGAGCAGUAGGUGCUUUGUUGGUUUAUGAUAUUGCCAAACAUCCUACAUACGUAAACGUUAGUCGUUGGUUGAAAGAAUUACGGGAUCAUGCAGAUAGCAAUAUCGUUAUCAUGUUGGUGGGAAACAAGAGCGAUUUGAGACAUUUACGUGCCGUUCCAACAGAUGAAGCAAAGGCAUUCGCAGCAGAGAAUAACCUUUCCUUUAUCGAAACAUCUGCUUUGGACGCAUCAAAUGUAGAACAAGCAUUCCAAAACAUCUUGACAGAGAUCUACCGCAUCGUAUCAAAUAAGGCAUUGCAAUCAUCCGAUGAUGUUAUCAAACCUUCAGGCGGAGAGACGAUCACUGUUCAACCUUCAGCGGAUGACGGAGGUCAACAGAAGAAGGGUGGCUGCUGUUGAUUGUGUGAUGGAGAGAGGAAGGCAGUCGAAAGCCGUCCGCUUGUACGUCUUUUUCGGUUCGAGAAAGGCAAACGAUUGUCUUUUUGACUUUAAUUUUUGACUCGCAUCUUUUAUUGUGCUAUGACCAAUUCUCAAAUGUAUGACUUUUUCCCUUUUCCCCGUCUCAACUGUUCUGAUCCUUUUAGCUCAAUCUACAAUCAUGUUUGAAUAGAAUCGACUUAUACGAGCGCCGAUGUGAAAAUAAUUAAGGUAUAUAAAUGCAAUAUGAAUGAAGUUGUGAGGU